AUGCUUGUAGUUGGCUCGGAUAAAGACGAUAUUGGAGGAGCCAUGAAUGAGUGGCUGGUGGCCAACUACAAGAGCGCCAAGGCAAAGACUAUUCCUGGCGGCCACAUCUCGUCGCUGUAUCACAUGGAUGGGAUAUGCCAGGAUAUACUGGGACCCAUUUUCCCUCCACCUGUUCAAUUCACGGCUGGCAACAAGUGCAGCCAAUUACCUCCUUCCUCUCUGGCAAGGCCGGCUCGUGGCCGCGCACAAGUUCAACCACCCGUGAGCUUCGUGCCUCGUCGAUCAGCAUUCACGAGACGUACAGUCGAUACUUGCCUUUGCGUGGCUUGUCGACCGGGACUCGAUCGCACAUAUCUUCUGAUCACGCCCACGAUCCUGCACAACCCAGUUGCAUUCGAGCAGCCACUUGAAGCCUUGCCAUCACGGACAGGGCUCUCGGCCCCAGGCUCUUUCUUCAUUGACCCAUCUGGCGCCGCGGUGCUUGCCAACGCGCCCGUCUCACGCUUCUUUGCUCCAAGACCUAGAAACCUUUGGCAUCGCUGGUCUCGGAUCAAGCGACUGGAACCACCAGGCUCUGCUCGGUCUCGCAGCAUCCCCGUUUCGCGGUCGAAAAUACUAGUUGCACCAUGGCUCCUUCAACGGACAAGAGGGCUCGUACCAGACGAGACUAUCCUUACAUAUUGGAUUACCGGACACGAUGGUAGGAACGACAAUGACAUGUAUGACCAUAUGAACAAUUCCGUCUACAACUUCCUGUUCGACUCUGCCGCGAAUGCAUAUCUCAUGGAAUACUGCGGCAUUCACCCCCCGAGCUCGCCCUACCACCCCCUUGUUGCCCACACCAGCACCAACUUCUACUCGUCGAUUGCGUAUCCCGCAGUGGCCGAGGUAGGUGUCCGCGUGGCCAAGCUUGGCAACUCGAGUGUCGCCUUCGAGCUAGCUGUGUUUGAAAAAGGCGUCGAGGAAGUCAAGGCUGUCUGCGACUUUGUGCAUGUGUUUGUCGAGAGAUCGACAGGUAGACCCGCAAAGACGGGAAUGGCCCCCGAACUGAGGAGGGGCCUGGAGAAGUUGUACAAUGGCCAUGAACAGCUGAAGUCGAACACUUGGUGGGCUGAAGCACUAAGCUCCGAUACGAGCUAG